CGUGACUACGUACUGAGAACAUUUGAGGUCACGGCAAUUGUUACCCCCGCGGCUAGAUCCCUCCAGGGGGGACGUUCUUGAUGUUAAUUGCCUCCUUGGGACGGCCCAGCAGUGUAUCUAAGGAUCCUCCAUCCUCCCAUAAGUCUCGUUGAGACUCUUAACAGCAAUAACCAGGUCUCCAAUAGCACAUGCAGUGCAAGGCUACUACACGUGCGCGUGGAUCUUAGCCUGCACGCAGAUCAUGACAUGCGCGUGGAUGAUGGCCUGCCCGUGUAAGCCAAAUGCGUGGAAGUGUAACUUCCAGAAGUUCCAAGUGAGCUGUCCUACUUUGUGCCAGAAAAAGCUGUAAGGACUACAAACUUGAGGCAGCCCUCGUGUGACUUUUAAUUAAAAAGCUUGCUCGAGGAGCAUAAAGCAAAUAUUAAUGGAAGAAUGAUGCAUAAAUUCCACAAAACAAUUACGUGGAUACUUUUCUUAAUUUCCUCCUUGGCACGCUUUCCUUUGAAGAUUAAAAUCGUGUUUCGUUUCAUCCCGGUGGGGUUUUAAUUGGUUUUUGUGCGUAGCUGGCGAGGAACGUAUUUAGAAUACCGAUGCUAAUAAUACGCUUACAUCGCAUUCUCCGUGUUAACAACUCUAAGUAAAUUAAUAGAGCGUGAAAUACAUAUGAGACACAAACCGGAAUUAAUUCCACUCGAUAACUCUAUUUCACCCCCCGUGUGACACAGCCCUCCCUGGUGCACCGUGUGUGGUGACUGGUAUCCACUCCAACGGCUCCAGGUUGAAACCAGUUAAACCUGUAAUAUGGCAGCCAUCCACGGGGAGCAAUGGCUUUCUCGGAAUCCGUUAGAACGCGAAUUAGCAACGAUUCACUGGUGAUAAACAUGAAGAACCCAGCUCUAUUACAUUUCCCUCCUUAAUGGUCCUAGGUUGCAGAUUAGAAAACUUAAAAGUAAAAAUUGAAUGCUUUAAUUGAGUCAUGUUUCAAGUAUGAUGCGGGGAACUAAACUCGUUUUAUUCUUUUCUUUUUUCAGCUCAAGCAGCCAAACACAGACUGGACGUUGACGAAAAAUCAAAACUCCAAUUCGAUUAAAAGCUAUAACUCUAUAAACAUGGACGGCACGCUGAUGCGCAAGGCCAUGCAUGCCGACCCUGAGAACUAUGUGAGCUCCAUGGCCCCUGGGCAGUACUGGACCUGGGGAAACCACAUGAGGGGCGGAGGGAAAGACAACAAGAUGUCCGCCGCCGUGCCCGCCGUCCCCGCCCGCUCCUGGACCCCCCGCUGCACCCCGCCACCCCAGCAGCAGCAGCCCUCCCUGCCCCCCCUCCCCCCGCACCCCCACCCCCACCCGCACCCGCACCCCCACCCGCCUCCCGACUACCAGCACAACGUGUACAUCCCCGGCACGCCCUCCGGGUUCUGCACCCUGAGGCCCGUGGUGCACCGCAGCGAGCUGGACGUGCGCAACGCCUUCUCCACCUUCGGCAAGAAGAGGCGGCUUCAGAUGUCCCCGCAGGGCGAGGCCGCCAUCAUCAACAACGACCUGUACAACGAUUAAACUACGGGCUUGGCUGUUGAACGCGCGCACAGCCCCAGGGCUGAGGCAGACCGGGGUGCGGUGGGGUGAUCCAUCUGGUUUCUGCAACCUUCAAGAAAGGAGGAUGAAGAAGGAGACAUGAGAAGGAAAGAUGCUGGCUUUUUCUGACAUUGGUUCGGUGUUGGUGGACUCAUGAAGCGAGCAAACGAAAGACGUUUCAGACAGUUUGUGAAGGGGGAGCUGGACAAUGAACUCCUGCAGAGAUGGAGAAACAAAUGGUGACGCCAUUUUUAUAUGGUUGGCAUUCAUGUACAUCUUAGUCUUUUCGUCCUCCUCUUGUAAUUAUUAUUAUUUAGACAAUCACGUUGAAGCGGUUAUUGAUUCAUCCAAAAGGUGUGGAAGUGUGUAGUGAACAGUGAAGGAAGACUUUUUGCACAUCUUCAUGAAUUUAUAUUUUUUAUAAAAACACGAACGGAAAUGUUUUCUUUUGAUUUGAUUGAAUAUGCUUCAGGAGGUGUGCAUAUUAAAGGGCAUCAUAUAAUCAUAUGUAAUAUGCAAGAUGCCGUUGACACAUGCAGUUUUAACGGGGUGGGGAGGUAAUCAUCAACAGCCAUGUACUGGAACCAUUUUCUGAAAAUAAAGUAUUUUUUUCUCAAA